UUUUACGUGUUAUAUUUUUGAACGUAUUUAUGGCAGACCAAAUUGUUUGUUACUACUCAAUCUAGGAUGAUUGAUUGACCUUCAGUAGCUCUAGAGGUCGCGCACAGGUUGGUCCAAUUUGAGUCACACAGAACAUGCCAAGCGAGUCAGAGCACGAAGAGCAGGAAUUAUUCUUCGAACCAGUGGUUACUCUCCCACCCGUAACCAUUUCUAAUGCUGAAGAGAAUGAGGACUGUCUAUUUCAACAGAGGGCGCAGCUAUUUCGUUUUGAUACCGUUGAAGAUCCACCAGAGUGGAAGGAACGUGGAGUCGGAAUUCUGAAAAUUCUCCGUCACAAGACUAGCGGGUGCUAUCGCCUUCUUAUGCGUCGUGAUCGUACUUUCAAGGUGUGUGCUAAUCACUUUAUAUUAGAUAGUAUGCAACUGCGCCCGAAUUGUCGUAGUACCAAGGCUUUUGUUUGGACCACACUGGCUGACUAUGCAGAUGAGGUAGUGAAACCCGAGUCAUUGGGAGUUAGGUUUGCUAGUGAAAAAUUUGCAGAAGAGUUUCAAAAAGUGUUCGAAGAAGGUCGUCAAGCAUCCAUAGGAAGAUGUACAGACAAAAAUCCCUCUAUAGACUCUUGCGGUGGAGAUACUGGCUCAUUCAAAGAAGAUGAAAGUGCUGAUGUACACAAACUGUCAAAUACUGUGAAAGAAUGUUUGAAGAUAAACACAGAUGAUUCGACAAAAAGUGAAGCGUGACAUCAAUUGUAACAAUGAUACCUUUCUUAAAAAUAUCAGAUCUAUUUUGUUAAUAUUUUAAUAUUUGUCAAAAGCUUUUUUUAAAGAAAUGCAUUUUCGAUCAA